AUGCCACGCGGUAACACCGACAAUUGGAAUCAUGUGGUCCCGCGCGCGUCUCCCGGUCCCGGCAACCUUAACAGCUCUAUGCUCGACUUGAACGACGACUAUACAAACAUCCUCAACAAUCUCGCAAACGGACAUUCCCAGGCCGCUGGUGAUGCCAGUAGCGGUGUCGGCGCAUCUUCGGGCGGAGCAGUAGGUGAGCCCGACGACUCAGGUGCCACCGCGGGCGGCAAUGCGAUGGAAAAACAGCCACCUAACCUGGAAUUACUACUCCAGCACUACCAUGAUUUGCUGGGCAAGUCCAGCAGCAGCAUUGCCAGUGGAACCGCCACCGCCACUGGCAGUGGCAGUGGCAGUGGCUCCGGCUCCGGUUCCGGAAGCUCAGAUGCCAAGGCCCUCGCACUCCAGGAAAACAAGUCUGUCAUUGCAGACAAACCUUGUGACCAUUGUCGUCGACGUCAGAUCAAAUGUGUCAUCGUACCGGAUUUGCCCAACUGCGUCCAAUGCGAGACCAAAGGUAUCAAAUGCGCGUACUCAGAGCGUACCACCACUAAACGCGCCAACGUAGACGAAAAUGUAAACGUCCACGAACUGCUCAAACGCGCGCGUCUGGGCAACAACGAAUCCGUCUCGCAAUACUACUCCGAACUGCUCCAAAAUCUCAAUCAAUCGCCAGGUCAUCAUAACGCUAAAGCCCACUCUCCGUUUUCAAACAGCACUCCGGGACUCGCGCCCUACGCGCCCACGCCGCACAGGACCACUUACGCGCAGCCGCCAAUACAGUACCCUCGCUCUUCCUUCUACGUGGGUCCCACAUCAGUAUUUGACAUCAACCUUGUAAGUCACGUCAAGCUGGACAAAAUCGACCAAGUUCAACUCUCCAAGACUCUCGCGCUGCGCAGGGUCGCGCCCAACGUUCAGUUCAUUCUAAGAGAUGAUUUCAACGAAAAAAUGUAUCUGAAGCAGGAACAAGAAAUCGAUUUUGUCGAGAAACUCGUGCAUCCGCACGGUAAAAUUCUCGUGGAUUUCUUCUUCAAAAUCAUUCACCCACAUUUCCCGAUCUUGCACGAACGGGUUUUUCUCGAAAAAUACUCGCGAUCCUACCGCGAGCUGACUGCUCCUUUACUUGCGGCCAUGUACUCGCUAUCACUGCAAUGGUGGGAUUUUCAUCCACAACUUGUUGGUUUCCCUAAACCAGACGUGGUUGAUCAACUCAACGAAAUCGCGCUUCGAACGUUUUUCGAUGUCGUAGAAAGACCUAAACUAAGCAUUAUACAAACGGGACUUCUCAUAUUGCAAUGCCGAAGCGAAUGCAGCAACAACUGGGUUAUUUGUUCCGAAAUCGUCGCACUCGCAGAAGAUCUUGGACUUGGCAUUGACUGCCAAGACUGGCGACUGCCCCGCUGGGAAAGAGGUCUUAGAAGAAGACUCGCAUGGGCCGUUUGGCUUCAAGACAAAUGGACUUCGUUAAUGGAGGCCCGGUUCUCACAUCUCAUCUUGGGUCGCAAUUGGCUUGUUAAGAUUUUGACGGAAGAUGAUUUCCCAGACAAAUCACCCAUCAUCAGUGGGUCUCAGUCUCUACAGAAUUUUGACUCGGGCUCUAAAAAUGGUAGCCCGGCAGGAAUCACUGCAACACUAGACUUGUCACCAACGGACGAAGAUUUCAAUAAUGGUAAACUCAUGUUUCAACAAAUGGUAUCCCUAAGCAUCAUCCUGGGCGAAGUUCUCGACACUUUUUAUACCUUGGGCGCUCUCAACACUGUCAAGAAAAUUGAACAUGUCUUGAAACUGGCCAAACCGCUUCAAUUGAAAAUGCGCGAGUGGUACCACUCUUUACCACAACAGCUGUCGAUGAACAGUUUCCAGCCCAAAAAAUUCAACAGCAACGCUGCAUUGACUUUGGCCUACUUUGCUGUGGAAAUUACGUUACACCGUAAGAUCGUUACUACGUUAAACGCAGGCACCACUCCCGAGCUAGUUCAUGUAUGUCGCGCGGCGGCGAAGACAAGGUUAGUCGCCGCCAUCGAGUUUGUUCGCGACUUGAAAUUUGAGCACGUCAAUUCCUUUUGGUAUACUUGUUCUACUGGCAAUUUGACCCUGAUAGGUACAUUUGCUGCGUUGCUGUACGUGACAUCUUCCUCACAAGAAGAAGCACUUGUCUUCAGGGAUUGUCUGCGAAACUACGUUUGGAUUUUAAGAAUGACUUCCAAGAGUUUUGAAAAAGCUGGCAACAGCUUGAAGCAGAUUCACAUGUUGUUAACUCAGAUCCCGGGCUUACUCACUGAUGAGCCCGUGAUACCGCACCAGCCACAACCGUCGUUCAUUCCACCACCAUCUAGAUCACCUCUACCUCAACAAAACCAAGCUAUACCUCAGCACGGAACCCCAACGGCAUCAGAACAAAGUCUGAAAAACCAAAAUCCACUGAGUAGUUUGGCUAGCUUGCCUCAUGACGUCUUAGAGCAAUUGGUCAACAUCCAACACAAUAUGCCUUCUUUGCACGGAGCAGGAUCAUCGCGCUCUCUAGACGAUAAAUUACAGCGCAAUCCUAUUGGCUUCUCACCAAAUCCAAACAAUAGCGAGAAUCAACGUGCUCCAGAGCGAGACGGUAUCUCGCCUUCCAGAAGCAAUAGGCUUAGCCCCAGUUUUGACAUGAGUUCCAGGGACGAGCCGGAGCGUGGCCAUGUCGAAUAUAGACUAGAACCCACUCACGAAAAACAGAGCCCCGAGGGAAAAUCUGUCAAUUUGGAAAAUAGAACAAAACCAUUAACUCCUCAAAGUGUAAACAGUGCUGCUGCUAAGGGUCACAACCAUGUCGAUGUGGGUGGCGAUACCCACAAUUCAAACCCUCAGGACAAACAAGAAUCAAAUGGCUCCUCGGUGGAACCCGCUCACGAGAAACCCAGCGAACUCUCCGAUGAUGCCGGUUCGUCAACGUCAAGCCCAGUGUCAACAACCUCUGAAUCAAAGCAAUUCCAAGUGGAUCAAGCAACUAAUUUCGAGGACCAAUAG